AUGGGUGUCCCCAAGUUCUUCAGGUGGCUCUCUGAGCGCUAUCCUGCCAUCUCGCAGGUCAUUGCCGAGAAUCGCAUUCCCGAAUUCGACGCCCUCUAUCUGGACAUGAAUGGAAUCAUUCACAAUUGUACGCAUAAGGAUGCCGGAGAGGAUGCGACAUUCCGUCUGAGUGAGGAGGAGAUGUUCAUCCGUAUCUUCAACUACAUUGAGCAUCUUUUCGGCAAGAUCAAGCCGAAAAAGCUUUUCUACAUGGCCAUCGACGGUGUCGCCCCGCGCGCCAAGAUGAACCAGCAGCGAUCUCGUCGGUUCCGGACGGCUCUUGAUGCCGAGAAUGCGAGAGAGAAGGCCAUCAAAGAUGGUGUGGAAAUGCCCAAGGAGGCUCCUUUCGACAGCAAUUGCAUCACCCCAGGCACUGAGUUUAUGGCCAAGCUCUCCCGUCAACUGAAGUACUUUGUCAACAAAAAGGUGACUGAGGAUGCUGAUUGGCAGGAGUGCGAGAUUGUUCUCUCCGGGCACGAGGUUCCCGGCGAGGGCGAGCACAAAAUCAUGGAGUAUAUCAGGAACGCCAAGGCUCAGCCUGAUUACGAUACGAACGUCCGACACUGUCUCUACGGCCUGGAUGCUGACCUGAUCAUGCUUGGUCUGCUCAGUCACGAUCCCCACUUCUGCCUUCUUCGUGAAGAGGUUACCUUCGGCCGUGCGUCGAAGACCAAAUCGAAGGAGCUGGAGCAUCAGAACUUUUAUCUUCUGCAUCUCUGUAUCGUCCGUGAGUACCUGGAUCUAGAGUUCCAGGAGCUCAAGCAAGAUGGGAUUUUGAACUUUCCAUAUGAUCUUGAGCGGGUCAUCGACGACUUCAUCCUCAUGGGUUUCUUCAUUGGCAACGAUUUCCUUCCCCAUCUCCCCCGCCUUCACAUCAACGAAGGCGCACUUGCAUCUAUGUUUAGGAUAUAUAAGAGCAUCCUGCCCGAGUGCGAUGGAUACAUCAACGAAGGCGGCGUCAUCAAUCUCCAACGCCUGCAGCGUCUGUUGACUGAGUUGGCCAAGGAUGAGACCGACCAAUUCGAACACGACGUCUCUGAUGAGCGAUGGUUUCAAUCGAAGCAAAUCAGCGAGCAGCAGCAGAAGAACGCUGCGCAGUCCAAGCAGAGAGGCAAGGGUGUCGUCAUGACCUCCGCGCAGAGGGACCUUUGGAAGAACUACAUCAAGCCGUACCUCACCAAACCCACCCCUGAACCCCUCGAUCUAGGCACAGAGCUCAACGCUGCCGAUCGCAAGUUUGUGCAGGAUCUUGCCGACGCUGUCCAUGUGGACUGGAGUACCAAGGAAGACGACGAUGGCCACCGUCAUCUGAUUCUCACGUCUCCUCAAAGCGAGGAUAACAACGAGGAGGAGGAGGAGGGCACCCUGGCUCUGUUCCGUGUCAUGAAGAAUUACGACAAGGCAACUGUAGUUGACAUAACUGCAGAUGACGCCAAGCAGCACUAUGCGGACCUUUAUAAGCAGAAGUACCAAGGCUGGAAGACCAAGUACUACCUGCAGAAGUUUGAGGACUGGGCGCCGGACAACUACGACAAGGAGCUCACUGCUCUUUGUGAAAACUAUGUGCAAGGCCUGCAGUGGGUUUUGUACUACUACUACAGAGGAAUUGCCUCGUGGCCUUGGUUCUAUGCCUACCACUACUCUCCCUUGACAUCAGACGUCAUCAAGGGUCUGGGUGCUGAUCUGAACUUCAAGCUGGGCCAGCCUUUCCGUCCGUACGAACAGCUUAUGGGUGUCCUCCCUGACCGAAGUAAAUCGAUCGUCCCCACCGUGUACUGGGAUCUCAUGACAAACCCAAAGUCGCCCAUCAUCGACUUCUAUCCGCGAGACUUCGAGCUUGACAUGAACGGCAAGAAGAUGGAAUGGGAGGCAGUUGUCAAGAUUCCCUUUAUUGAUGAGAAGCGACUUCUUGACGCAAUGGGCCCGGUUAACGAGGAAUUGAGUGACGACGAAAAGUCACGAAACCAAUUCGGUGUUUCCCUGAAGUUCACUUACAACCCUGAGGUCAACUUCACCUACCCGUCCUCCAUGGUUGGCGUCUUUCCAGACAUUCCUCAGUGCCGGUGCGUCGAGAACAUUUUUGAGCUGCCAAGCACCGAAGGCCUGCAGUAUCGUUCUGGCCUGAUGGACGGGGUUAAGAUCAGUGCCGAGGCUCUGGCUGGUUUCCCUUCCAUUCAUACGCUUCCCUACACCGGCCAACUCAUGGAAGGAUACGGGGUCAACGUUUUUCAACAGGACAGCCGUAACCCUAGCAUGAUCAUCACUCUGAGCGAGUCGGAGAUCACGACAAAGGCUGAGGUGGCCAAAAAGAAGCUAGGCCAGAAGUGCUUCGUCGGGUAUCCUUUCCUCCAAGAAGCAAAGAUUGUCCGUGUUGUGGAUGAGCUAUUCGACUACGAACUCGACCACACGGGUACGACUGUUGUCCAGAAGAACCAUGGCCCCCGGGAGAUUGAAGGUUUCUCGAGAGAGUCUCAGUACAUCGAGAACUGGCAUGCCAAGCGGUUGGGAUUCACAAUUGGUGAGGUUGAAUCGCUGGUGCAUGUGCACAUGCUCAAGGGUCUCAUCAAGACCGAGGAAGGCGCGCUCAUCAAGGAGUACGCAGAGAACCCAAGCAUGAGGAGCGUCUAUGCAUCACAGACUAUUGUGAACGAGGUCAUCAGUCAGGAUGAGCGCUUCAUUGAGAGGGCGUCAGUCCCCAUCGAAGAGGAGUACCCCGCGGGUACGCGGGCCUUCUUCUUGGGAGAAUUCCACUACGGCCGCCCCCUGGAAGUGCUCGGCCACGCAAACAAUAAGGCGGAGAUUGUGGUUUCGGUGCUUCAGGCCAAGGAGCCUGAAUACGCAAAGCCUAUCAUCCAGGAGGUCAACCGCCAGAACCGCUUCACGCCCUCCUAUGCUGUAGCUAAGAUGUUGGGACUCCAUCCUCUGAUACUCAGCAAGAUUCUGUCUUCGUAUCAAGUCAACACCGUGGGAGGCCUCAGGGUCAACCUUGGUCUCAACCUCAAGUUCGACGCUAAGAAGCAGAAAGUCCUCGGAUACUCUCAGAAGAACCAGUCAGGCUGGGAGUUCAGCAACGCCGCGAUCGAGCUGCUUGCCAAGUACGUCGCAGCGUUCCCAGACUUCUUCGUUGCCAUCCAGACCAAGGCGCAGCAGAGCGACAUCAGCGACACUGACAUCUGGCCCGACUCGGCCGUGGCUGCUAAGCGCGUCAAGGAGAUCGGUCAAUGGCUCAAGGCGGCAGAGACAAGCAAGUUUGAAAGGGUUCCUCUUGAUGCCGAACAACUCGACUCUGUGACAGUUAUGAAAUUGGCUGAGGCCGGCGAGCAAGCUUUCCAGAUCUCGCAGAACACCACGACUAAGAAGCUCAACAACGUUCCGCGGUCGGCGCUUCUGAAGCCUACGGAUGCCGAACUGCUCAUGGGCAACCAGAAGUUCAACCUUGGCGACCGUGUCACAUAUGUUGCUGCAACCGGCAAGGUUCCCAUUGCAAGCCGCGGUACCGUGGUUGGCAUUGGACGCACUGCCACGGCUAUUCUGCUUGAUGUCGUUUGGGACGUGACCUUCAUGAGCGGUACGACACUGGGUGAACGCGCUCCUCCCUUCCGGGGCAUGACGGUGGCAUCCUCAUCCGUCCUGAACACAACGCACAAGCAGGUCAUCUCGGGCUCCAAGGCCGCCACUCAGCGACGCCCUGCGCCCGCGUCCACAUCGCUGACGACGGGCUCUUACAACCCCAAUGGCACCCCACAGUACAGAGACGCAUCGGCGCCGGCGCCUCUCAGAGGGAGCUAUCGCGGUGCGAUGAAUGGGCAGUCUCAUGGCCAGCCCCGGGGUGGCGGCAGGGGUCAAAACGGAGCAAAUGGCAGCGGGGGCGGCAAUGUUCCCAACUUGCUCCAUAGCACUUUGGUCUAUCGACCUCAUCCCAACGGCAACCAGGGAGGAGAUGGCCAGGCCUCUCGUGGCCGUGGCCGCGGUCGGGGACGCGGCGGACCUGUCGCCAACGGCGGACCUGCCCCACAGUCCUCGCCUCAGCCGCAGCAGCAGAUGUACGGCAAUGUGCCUCCUCCUGCGUCUCUUGAUGCGCGUGGAAGGGGCCGUGGACGUGGCGGACGCGGUCGAGGAGGUGCUCGUGGCGGUGCUCGUGGUGGAGCGGCCCCUCCUGCCCCCUCUCAGAACUAG